AUGGAAGAAGGCUUCAGAGACCGGGCAGCUUUCAUCCGUGGGGCCAAGGACAUUGCCAAGGAAGUCAAGAAACAUGCGGCCAAGAAGGUGGUGAAGGGCCUGGACAGAGUCCAGGAUGAAUAUUCCCGUAGAUCCUACUCUCGCUUUGAGGAGGAGGAGGAUGAUGAUGACUUCCCUGCCCCUGCUGAUGGCUAUUACCGUGGGGAAGGGGCCCAGGAUGAGGAAGAAGGUGGCGCAUCUAGUGAUGCCACCGAGGGCCACGAUGAGGAUGAUGAGAUCUACGAGGGGGAAUAUCAGGGCAUCCCCCGGGCGGAGUCUGGGGGCAAAGGCGAGCGGAUGGCAGAUGGGGCUCCCCUGGCUGGAGGGAGGGGGGGCUUGGGCGAUGGGGAGGGCCCCCCUGGCGGCCGGGGGGAGGCACAACGGCGUAAAGAACGGGAAGAGCUAGCUCAGCAGUACGAAGCCAUCCUCCGGGAGUGUGGCCAUGGCCGCUUCCAGUGGACACUCUACUUCGUGCUUGGCCUGGCGCUGAUGGCUGAUGGUGUGGAAGUCUUUGUGGUGGGCUUUGUGCUGCCUAGUGCUGAAAAAGACAUGUGCCUGUCAGACUCCAACAAAGGCAUGCUAGGCCUUAUAGUCUACCUGGGCAUGAUGGUGGGAGCCUUCCUCUGGGGAGGUCUGGCUGAUCGGCUGGGUCGGAGGCAGUGUCUGCUCAUCUCGCUCUCAGUCAACAGCGUCUUCGCCUUUUUCUCAUCUUUCGUCCAGGGUUAUGGCACUUUCCUCUUCUGCCGCCUCCUUUCUGGGAUUGGGAUCGGAGGGUCCAUCCCCAUUGUCUUCUCCUAUUUCUCGGAGUUUCUGGCCCAGGAGAAGCGUGGGGAGCAUUUGAGCUGGCUCUGCAUGUUUUGGAUGAUUGGUGGAGUGUAUGCAGCUGCUAUGGCCUGGGCCAUCAUCCCCCACUACGGUUGGAGCUUUCAGAUGGGGUCGGCUUACCAGUUCCACAGCUGGAGGGUGUUUGUCCUCGUCUGUGCCUUCCCUUCCGUGUUUGCCAUCGGCGCUCUGACCACACAGCCUGAGAGCCCCCGCUUCUUCCUGGAGAAUGGGAAGCACGAUGAGGCCUGGAUGGUGCUGAAGCAGGUUCAUGACACCAACAUGCGAGCCAAGGGGCAUCCUGAGCGCGUCUUCUCAGUAACCCACAUUAAGACGAUUCAUCAGGAGGAUGAGUUGAUUGAAAUCCAGUCAGACACGGGGACUUGGUACCAGCGCUGGGGGGUCCGGGCCUUGAGCCUGGGGGGGCAGGUUUGGGGGAAUUUCCUCUCCUGUUUCGGUCCAGAAUAUCGACGCAUCACUCUGAUGAUGAUGGGUGUGUGGUUUACCAUGUCGUUCAGCUACUAUGGCCUGACUGUCUGGUUUCCUGACAUGAUCCGCCAUCUCCAGGCGGUGGACUACGAAGCCCGCACCAAACUGUUCUCUGGGGAGCAUGUGGAGCAUGUGACCUUUAAUUUCACUCUGGAGAAUCAGAUCCACAGAGGGGGACAAUACUUCAAUGACAAGUUCAUUGGGCUACGUCUGAAGUCAGUGUCCUUUGAGGAUUCCCUGUUUGAGGAGUGUUAUUUCGAGGAUGUCACUUCGAGCAACACAUUUUUCCGCAACUGCACAUUCAUCAACACUGUGUUCUAUAACACUGACCUGUUUGAGUACAAGUUUGUGAACAGCCGUCUGGUGAACAGCACGUUCCUGCACAACAAGGAGGGCUGCCCACUGGAUGUGACAGGGACGGGGGAAGGCGCCUAUAUGGUGUACUUUGUCAGUUUCUUGGGGACGCUGGCUGUGCUUCCUGGGAACAUCGUGUCUGCGCUGCUCAUGGACAAGAUUGGCAGGCUCCGAAUGCUUGCUGGCUCCAGCGUGAUGUCCUGUGUCUCCUGCUUCUUCCUGUCGUUUGGGAACAGCGAGUCAGCCAUGAUCGCUCUGCUCUGCCUUUUUGGGGGGGUCAGCAUUGCAUCCUGGAACGCGCUGGACGUGUUGACUGUUGAACUCUACCCCUCGGACAAGAGGACCACAGCCUUCGGCUUCCUGAAUGCCCUCUGUAAGCUGGCGGCCGUGCUGGGGAUCAGCAUCUUCACAUCCUUUGUGGGAAUCACCAAGGCUGCCCCCAUCCUGUUUGCCUCAGCCGCGCUUGCCCUCGGGAGUUCUCUGGCCCUGAAGUUGCCUGAGACCCGGGGGCAGGUGCUGCAGUGA